AUGUCCUCAUCCAAACACCCUCUCGCUGAAGCCGGCCUAGAUGCCCCACCGUCGAAAAAGCCGCGAUUCAGCGUGCGCAACCCAUCAGCACUUGUAGCCGACGAUGCCACUGAAGACAAUGCCGAGCUAGACGCCGACGUGAUUGGUACAAACAGACCACAUCAUCGGCGUGGCGCCGUGAACAUUGAUGGUUUCGAUUCGGAUAGUGAUGGAGGGGACAACUUCGACGAGCGCGCUGCAGUGAAGGCGCGGGCAGAGAAGAAAGCGCAACGCAGCAAAUAUGAGGAGCAGGCGGAUAUGUUUGCAGACCUGGAGGAGGAUUUUGGAGACGGGGCCGUCGAAGAAGAUGAGGGUGGAAAGCGAAAAAAGGAUGUCCGGUUUCUAAACGAUGACCAGAUCGAGGGACAAGUCAAGAAUUCACGAGCUGGAGGGCACGUUAGUGAUAGACUGAAGCUCACCGAGCAGGAGGCCAGAUACAUGGAGAAGCAUGGCAGGUUACCUGCCUCGGCUGGGCUCGAGGAAGCGGGCGAUUCGUCAAGCGAUAGCGAGGUGGACGAUGAGACGCGCGCGGCACUCGACGAAGAGAUCGAUGAAGAGCUCGGAGCCGGCGCUAAGACACGACAUGCCCCCAAGCUUGAUGCGUUCAACAUGCGCAACGAGCAGGACGAAGGCCAAUUCGAUGAGAGUGGCAACUUUGUCCGGAAAGCUACAGAUCCAGACGCCGUCCACGACCGAUGGCUGGAAGGCACAUCCAAGAAGGACAUGAAAAAGGCCAAGGAAGCCAUGGAGAAGCGUGAGCAGGAUCGGCGGGCAAGGGACCUGGCAGAUGAUUCUCGGAGUACAGCUGAUGCAUUGAAAGAUUUGAUCGCACAGAUGGAAGUGGGCGAGACUGUCCUAGAAGCUCUUGCAAGACUUGGGAAAGGGAAAGAGAAGAAGAAAGCGAAAUGGCAGACGAAGUCCAAGGCAAAGAAGCCGGAACAGAAUGGCCAUGCAAAAGCUUCCGAGGAUGAUCUCGCCGAUGUGAAGCGGCGUGAGAACGUUGAAGCGAUCACAUCGGCUGCCGAUCUUCUUCUGACUAGAGGCAAGACCGACAUCUACGACACGGAGCGAGAACUACUCAUUCGUCAAUGGUCACGCGAGAGUGGCGAGCAGUGGGCUGAACCGUCAAAGGAGAAGCAAGACAACGGAGUGAAGACAUGGCAAUACCGCUGGACGGAUGCCAGGGACGGUGGUCAUAUAAAUGGACCAUAUGAUAGUCUAACCAUGCACCAAUGGAAUGAAGCCGGAUACUUUGGCGAAGGGGUCGAAUUUCGACCAGUGGGCGAUGAUACUUGGAGCCGUGUUGCCGACUUCUCAUAA